AUGGCGACCUCAAGCCUGUCGUCAGAGGUUACAACGCUCAUAUCCUUCAUCAAGACCCUCACAAAUCCACAGCUCAAAGUUUUGUUGAGGUAUGAGGGCCUCCCGGUGUCUGGGUUGAAAGCAACCCUUCAGUUUCGUAUCAUUCAACGACUCCAAUACCUCUCUGAAUCUGACAGUGUCGGUUUCGAUACCCUAGCCAGGCGUAUUCGCGCUACUACAUUUCCAAACACUGUAUCAUAUCAAUCACCCACUGGGCUGUAUCAGCCAGCGCCUGUCUCUCAAUCUCCUGCGCAGGGACGAUCUACGGCCCAUGGAAUCUCCAUGUCACCCCUCUCAUACACUUCUGGUCCGAGUGCUCCUCUCAUGAACCCUCCUGCGGCCGCUCAUAAGUCUCCAGGUCCUUUGGUCUUCAAGGAUAGCCCAUUUUACACAAUUCUGGAGCCUUUGACUCCGGUAGUGGAAUGCAAAGUUCGUGAACAAACAAGGGACAGCGUGGAACUGAAGGUCAUGCUAUCACAGCAGGUUGCCUAUAGGCUGCAAACAGACCCUAAUAUCCGAAUCAUGGUCUAUUGCGCCGGUGAUUCCGGCCUUACACAAUACACCAAGUCGGACAUUGCGUUUCCCCAUCAAGUGGAGCUCAAAGUGAAUCUUGAUGAAGUGAAGGCCAAUCUCAGGGGCUUGAAAAAUAGGCCAGGAACUACGCAACCUGCCGACAUCACUGACUGGAUCCGCAAGAAGCCCAAUUACCCGAAUAAUAUCGUUAUGACUUAUGCAUUGACGCAAAAGAAAUUCUUCACAAUUGCCAAUCUCGUGAAGCGGCAUCCGAUUGAUGAUCUCGUGUCGCAAUUGAAAUUGCGGAAACUCAUAUCGAAGGAGCAGGUUAUCCGCGAAAUGCAAAACCGCGCGAACGACUCCGAAAUCGUUGCGACAUCAAGUGUCAUGUCCCUGAAGUGCCCCUUAUCUACCCUCCGCAUCCAGGUGCCUUGCCGCUCCAUCAUUUGCACUCACAACCAGUGCUUUGAUGCAUCUUCGUUCCUUGAGCUCCAGAAACAAGCACCGACUUGGACGUGUCCUGUCUGUUCCAAGUCAACUAGCUUUGAGUCCCUACAGGUGGACCAGUACGUUGAUGAUAUUCUUCAAUCAACCUCUUCAGAUAUCGAUCAAGUCACUGUUGAACCAGACGGUGUAUGGUCAACCCCCAUUGAUUCCGACGCUGGGAAGUUGGGCGGAAUGACCCCCACGUCAGAAGAUGAGGACGACUUGAUCGAGAUCAGCGAACCAGGAAAUCUCGCUGUAAAACAGGAACCAAGUGCCCCGAAUGGCACGUUAGAACGUACACCGGCGCAGUCACAGUCACGCGAGGCAUCCACUCCGUCUUCUGUGAUGCGUAUGUCCAGCAAAAAACGACCCAUCUCUCAAGUUAUUGAUCUUACUGAGAGCGGAGACGAAGAAGAUGAGUCCCCUGCGCCACCUACCAAACGAACAGCCCUAAAUCUACCACCACGGCCAUUUCCCCGGCAGGAGUAUCAUAUCCCACCUGCCCGCAGCCCUCUGAAUGGUUCAUACCCGCCAUAA